CUUAAAGGAGAAGUUAGAAGAAUACAUGGCCCGAUUUUCCAAAGUGAGGAUUGUACGCACCAAGAAAAGGGAAGGGCUUAUCCGCACCCGACUCCUGGGGGCAUCCAUGGCGAGAGGAGAAGUCCUGACGUUCCUCGACUCCCACUGUGAGGUCAACGUGAACUGGCUGCCCCCACUCCUAAACCAAAUUGCACUAAACCACAAAACCAUCGUGUGUCCCAUGAUCGAUGUCAUUGACCACAAUCACUUUGGGUAUGAGGCACAAGCUGGGGAUGCCAUGCGAGGAGCCUUCGACUGGGAAAUGUACUACAAAAGAAUCCCCAUCCCUCCAGAGCUCCAGAGGGCAGAUCCCAGCGACCCUUUUGAGUCUCCUGUCAUGGCUGGAGGUCUCUUUGCUGUGGAUCGAAAAUGGUUUUGGGAAUUGGGUGGCUAUGAUCCAGGUUUAGAAAUCUGGGGAGGAGAACAGUAUGAAAUCUCCUUUAAGGUUUGGAUGUGUGGAGGAGAAAUGUUCGAUGUUCCAUGUUCUAGAGUUGGUCAUAUCUACAGGAAGUACGUCCCUUACAAAGUUCCAUCGGGGACCAGCCUUGCCAGAAACCUGAAGCGGGUGGCUGAGACCUGGAUGGACGAAUUUGCCGAGUACAUUUACCAGCGGCGACCAGAGUACAGGCACCUCUCCACAGGGGACAUCUCUGCCCAGAAGGAGUUGCGUAAGCAGCUCAAGUGCAAGGACUUCAAGUGGUUCAUGGCUGCAGUGGCCUGGGAUGUGCCCAAGUACUACCCUCCAGUGGAGCCCCCAUCUGCUGCCUGGGGGGAGAUUCGAAACGUGGCAGCAAACCUCUGUGUGGACAGCAAGCAUGGGGCCACAGGAACUGAGCUGAGGCUGGACAUCUGUGUCAAGGAUGGUUCUGAAAGGACCUGGUCUCAUGAACAGAUCUUUACUUUUGGAUGGAGAGAAGACAUCCGGCCCGGUGAGCCCCUGCACACCCGCAAGUUCUGCUUCGACGCCAUCUCCCACAGCAGCCCAGUCACGCUUUAUGACUGUCAUGGCAUGAAGGGGAACCAGUUCUGGGGAUACCGGAAGGACAGGACAUUAUUCCACCCUGUGAGCAACAGCUGCGUGGAUUGCAACCCUGCAGAGAAGAAGAUUUUUAUGGCCAGAUGUGAUCCUCUCUCUGAAACUCAGCAGUGGAUUUUCGAACACAUUAAUAUGACUGUUUUAGAAAAAUUUAACCACCAUGCCAGCUCCUAGAAAGAAAGAAG